AUGUCCUUUAAGUGUGAAAGUGUUUACACUGAGGAAAAGCGUUAUGAAUGUAAACAGUGUGGAAAGUCUUUUAGCCGAUCAGAGGAACUGAGGAGACAUGAAAGAGUUCACACUGGGCUAAAGCGUUAUGAAUGUAAACAGUGUGGCAAGUGUUUUAGUGUAGCAGGAACCCUAAGGAGACAUGAAAGAGUUCACACUGGGGAAAAGCCUUAUGAAUGUAAACAGUGUGGCAAGUGUUUUAGCCGAGUAGGAAACCUAAACAGUCAUGUAAGAGUUCACACUGGGGAAAAGCCUUAUGAAUGUAAACAGUGUGGCAAGUGUUUUGGUCAAAGAGGAAACCUAAGGAUUCAUGAAAGAGUUCACACUGGGGAAAAACCUUAUGAAUGUCAACAGUGUGGCAAGCGUUUUAGACAUCUAAAUGCCCUAAGGGUCCAUGAAAUAGUUCACACUGAGAAAGUGCAUUACAAAUGUAAACAGUGUGGCAAGUGUUUUACACAUUUGAAUGCCAUAAGGAUUCAUGAAAGGGUUCACACUAAGGAAAAGUGUUAUGAAUGUAAACAGUGUGGCAAGUCUUUUAACCGACCAGAAGACCUAAGGAGACAUGAAAGAGUUCAUACUGGGGAAAAGCCUUAUGAAUGUAAACAGUGUGGCAAGUGUUUUAUCCACACAGAAAACCUACGGAAACAUAUAAGAGUUCACUCUGUAAAAAAGCCGUAUGAAUGUAAAAUUUGUGGAAAGUGCUUUAGCCAAAAAGGAGACCUAACACGUCAUGAAAGAGUUCACACUGGGGAAAAGCCAUUUAAAUGUAAACAGUGUGGUAAGUGUUUCAGUCUAGUAGGAAACCUAAGAAGUCAUAAAAGAAUUCACACUGGGGAAAAGCCAUUCGAAUGUAGACAGUGUGGCAAGUGUUUUAGUCAAAUAGGAAAUCUAAGGAGCCAUGAAAGAGUUCACACAGAGGAAAUGCUUUAUAAAUGUAAGCGGUGUGACAAGUGUUUUGGAAAUUCAAAGACCUUAAGGAUUCAUGAAGGAGGCCAUACUGGAGAAAAGCCUUAUGAAUGUAAACAAUGUGGCAAGUGUUUUACCAAAAGUGGAAAGCUAAAAACACAUGGAAGAUCUCAUACUCCAAAACGGUCAGGUAAAUAUUCCCAAAGAAAGGCAAGAUUGACUUAUUCUUUGGCUACGCUAGUUGAAAAGGUCACACAAUCUGAAAACAAAGCGCUAAUACAGAAAGAGAGUGGAAACAAUAGUAUGGAAGGCUUAGAAUCAGCAAUCUUUGAGGAACACAGCUGUUGGAUUUGUCAAGAGGAGAUGAGUAGUGAGGCACUUCUUCUUCAACACUAUGAAAACCAUAUGAGAUACAUUCCUGAAGAUGACUCGUAAGUUUUCGGACAUUUGGGUCCUUUCUGUUAAAUUCAUAAAGCUUAGAACACUAAGUUGUAAGUUUCAAAGUAAAAGCAGUGUUUACAUGGGUGUUUGUAAAACCAGAACAGGCCUGAAAGACAAUGAAACAGCAGUGUUUACACGGGUGUCUGUAAAACUACAACAGGCCUGGAGGACAAUGAAACACAUUCCCACUCCCCCCCAUCACCGCCUUGAUCUACAGUAAAAACCAGGGAGUAAGAACCUAGUUUUAGAGAAUCUGUUAGGCUGAAAUUUGCCAAUUAAGCUCCCUCUACAGAAGAACUUGUUUAGCGUUAAAUUUGUUUAGCCUUAAAUUCUAUUAAAAAAAUUCUGUACGCUUGGGCAAAUUCAGGAUCCUCUUUGAAGACAGGCGUUUUAUCACUCCAAUUGCAAUAUUAUGUCAUUAUGACGAUUUUAUCUUAGGACGAAGCUGAAUACCACCAAAUACUCUUAGCUACAAUGUUUUUCCUUCAAAAAAGAAGUUCUAAGCUAUUUAAGAACCUAAAUAAACAACACUUAUGCCAAUUACCAGUUAAGUAAGAACCUGUUUAGGCUAGCUUGGGAAAAUGCAGGUUCUUAGUCGUCGGUUUUUACUGUAUUUGAUAAAGCUCUAAGGAAAGUUCUGUGAAGCGUAAUUUUCAGUAAGUUUCGUUACUGGUGAACCGUAAAUGACAGUAUAAACACUUUUGGCGUCUUUUCAAUUUGAGGUGCCGUGGGGUCAAGCGGAGGUGAGAAGCGUUUGUUUUCAUUACUGUAACAAGUUCAACAAAACUAAUAUGCUUUAGGCAAAAAUAUCAAUGGAGUUUGAGAAAAGCCGAAUAUCCACUUCAUCGUCUAGGCCGUCUAGAGAUCCAUAUUGCUCUGUCAAAUCCCAAGAUGUUAGUCUAUCCUUAUUUUGCAGUUAACGUUGAACAAGAUGAAAAUUGGUAGAAUUUUGGAGGAGGCGUUAAUUGGAGAGGGGCAACAGCCUAGAUGAGGCGUUCCAAAGAUAGGAGGCAUUUAUAUGGAAGAGGGUGUUUAUUACGUCAUUUAUGGUAGUCGAUUGAAAAAUUCGGAUAGCGCUUCUAUUGCGGGAACUAAUAAAACUCAUAUUGAGUCAAUUAUAUUAGUGCGUUUCUGUAGAUGGACAGAAUAAUACUUUUGUAGACACAACUGUUGAUGAUUAAAAAAAAUUGGUUUUAGGUUUUUUGGAAUUAAAUCAUCUACACGUUUUGUAGCUUGUGAUUAUGUAGUUGUAUUUCUAACUCUUUGUAGCUGUUUCCAGGUUUCAGGAUUAUUGCAAGCGUUCUAAUAAAAAAGAAAAUAUUAUGCAAGUUUUAGCUUCCACAAAAGCGACCCUAAAUGUAAUUUUAAAAGUCCUGCCCCCAGUUGUUCAAACGAUGGAUAGCGUUAUCCACCGGAUAAAUCACUAUCCAGUGGAUAAAUAUUAGGGAAACCAAUUGCGCCACCCAGUGGAUAGAGAUUUAUCCAAUGAUAGUAUUAUCCACCUUUGGAACAGCUGGGGCCUAAUGUAUUAAUUUUUUUCUCUAAAUGUAAUAAACUCUUUACAGUGAUAACGUUAGGCUUUAAAUGUUUUGACGUCAUCUGUAAUUUCUGCAAAUAAGCCUCUCUCCUUGCGCGCCCCUCGCGUUUCUCUCAAGCCCAAAAGCCCCUUUUCUUUCCCUCUUUUCGAGCGACAACAAGCCCAGAUGACCUACGAACGACGCACGGCAAACGAAAGGAAGACCAUGGCACUAGAGUUGGCCGGGAGAAAGGCCGAAGAGCAACCAGCAGACCUCGAGGCGGCCGGGCCCAGCCACCGACCAUCAGCGUUGCAGACUUCGUGAAACUCUUGGCGGAGGACAGCACCCUACAGAAGCCUUCCAUUUCCCUAGGAUGUGUUCAAGCAAACUUUCCUGCCGGAAGACCAGGUGUAGUUACCAUUUGUAUGGAAAACCCGGAAAUUCCGGGGAGAAUUCAAAUGGAAUGGUUCAUCCCGGUGGAAAUUUUCCGUAAAAAAAGCAUUACCUUUCGAGAAAGAAUAUCAAGAGAGACUUGGAGUGCUGAAAUGGCCUUCGCUUGAGUUACGAAGGACGUUUAUCUGCUUAGUGUAGAUGUACAAGAUUAUUUUCGGACACUGUGACAUAGAUCCUCAUAUGUUUUACUGACUUUAAAGGAGCCUUGUCACGAAAUUCAGCCAAAUUAGGUAAUUACAAAAUGCCCGUUAUAUUAAGAGAAACGUAAAAAUAACUGUUUAAAACAUUAAAAGAAGGUUAAAAUAACACAACAGAUACAACAGAUGCAACGGACGGGCAAAACUGAAGAAGAUUGAAACGGUUGAAAUUAGGGUUUUUGAAAACUGUUCAGCCCAACAGUUUUUCAAAGUUGAUCUCUGCUGUUUGCAACUUCAAAAAUAGUGCUCAUAAGACAUAUUUGUUUGUCUCGAAUCUCUGAUUUUGUCAUUUCCAUGUAAUUUCUUGCCUACUUUAAGUUCGAUACCGAUUGAGGGCGAGUAAUUGGCAAAUUAAACAAAAUGAACUGGACUUCCGUGACACAGCCCCUUUAAUGUAUUAGCGAAAACGCGUAUGAACCAUAAGUUUAAGAUAAGACCUAAGAAGACACGUACAAAUUACUUUAAAUUUUCAUUUUUUAAUCGCUACAUAACAGACUGGAAUAGUAUUCCAUCGAACAGUAUGCACGCACCUUCAUUAAGCAGUUUUAAGUCCUAUCUGUUGGAUCAUUUGUGUCAAUUUUAAAUCAGGUGUAACUCGUGAGGGACAAGUAUGCAAUUUAAUUAGGUUAGUUUUAGGCCGCAUUUAAAUUUUACUUCUUAAUUUUUAGCAUGUUUAAUAUUGGAGAUUAUUCUUUGUAUGGGAAUUUAGUUUCCCGCAAUUAUUCUCCAUUCAUGCACUUUUUGUAUUUUUUGUAAUAUUAUUUAUUUACUUGUAAUAGCAUGACAAAGUAUUAUUAAACUUAAACUUAAACUUAAAUUACCUUUUUCCCGUUUUUUAUCGAAAGGACCAAAAUUUUCUUUACCAUUUGUUUGGAUUACCAGUGCCAGGCUUCAAGUGGGGAGAAAGCGAAAAAUUUACCGGUAUUUUCUAAAUGGUACAACUCAAUCCCGUUCCUGUUUUCGGUGCCAAAAAAAUACCAGUACCAUUUGACGGAAAUUUUUCACCGAAAUUUCCGCACAAAUGGUAACCGUUCCAGGUCCUUCUUUGUGGUACAGAUGUGCUGCGUGGAAAAUGAGCGCGGGGGGAGAUGGGAAGGAGGGGAAAAGGGUCUCUUGCUAUUUCCCGCUAUCCUUCCCAUCGUCCCUGCGACCCUGUUCGUGACCGCUUACAAAUGAUAAGAGGCAGGAUGGGCUCCUGUAAAAGGCGAUGGGGAACGAGUCAGCCACCACAGUCUUAGAAUUUUUGGGCAUGAAAACUGAAAUCCUAUUUAAUUUUGAAAAAGUGUUGACGAACCAGCCGAGUUGGUAUCUCAACCGAUGAGGUUGUCAUAUCCCUUCAGGAGAUUUUGGACCAGCUCCCAGGGGGGUACUCCGGAUUUCAAGCGACGGGGAUGAUCGAAGGAUUUUUUUUGGUUUGAAAUUUUCGAUUUUGGGAUUUUUUUUGGGUAGGAACGUUUUGGCAAGUAUUAUUUUGGGUAACUCGGUAUAAGUAGGAAUUUUUUUUUUCUUUUGGCGGGGGGGGAGGGGGGGGGUAUUUUUCGUGUUAUAUAAGUUAAUGCUCUCGUGAAAUUUUAAUGGCUCGGAAAUUCGCCAUGGGAUUUUUUGGGGGUUAAAUUUUGGUGCAGGGAUUUUUUUGGGUUUUGUUUGAAGCCCAAGGGAUUUGGGGGGUUUUGAUUUUAGCCGCCAUUCGAUCAUCCCUGUCACUAGAAAAUCGGAAGUACCCCCCACUGGGGACCAGCUACAGUCUUGGUGUCUAAAGAAUAAGCUAAUUUUACUUGCGGGAAAAUCUGAUGCUUUAAUUUUAGAUACACAUCUUUCUAUUGGCCCUCUGAAGCCCCUAUUAUGGGGAGAUAAAAUUACUCCUCUAUAUGCCUUGGUUUCACCAUCGAUGAUAAGCUGUCUUGAGCCAAGCAUAUACAGUCUGUCUCCACAUCUUUUAGCUCUAAAGUUAAACUUUCAAGGCGUAUAAGCUUUCUAUCCAGAGUCUCACUAAAAACAAUUUAUUAUAAAACAGUUAUUUCAAGUGUACUAUGUGCCUUAGCUGUGGGGGGUUCUUGCUCUGAUCAUUUAUUGAAAGACCCAGACCAGAUGCAUCAGCUGAUGCCAGUGGCGGAUCCAGGAGAGGGGCCCGGGGGGCCCAACCCCCCUUGUUUUCGAAAAAAAUUUUUUUGGAGAUGCCCCCCCCCCCUCCUUAUCUGAAGGUCUGGAUCGCCACUGCAUGCAUACAAGAGCUUUAUAUAUAUAAGCUACUAAGAGAUGUGGAAAAUGAAACUGAUUGUCCUCUAAAAUGCUAAAUGGAUGUCGUUAAAGUAUUUCUAUUGUUUCCGUAUUUUAACGAUCGCACUUUACGCUUUUUAUAAUCUAGAUUUAGAUGAAAUCAAUAGAUUACCCCUUGCAAUUAUACUCUUGGGAAAUAUCUUCAUGUAUCUAUUGUACAAGGACCGAACUGGGGCGUACAUCAUUUACACAUAGGGCAGCAGUUGCUUGGAACACACUACAGGGGCACCCAACGACCGUUUUCGGGGAAAUAUCUGUUCGGAGCCCUCUAGAAUGGCUAAAAUUUUCGUGAGCCCAAGAACAGCUAAAAAUUUCGAAAAUGUUUCGUGGUGACUGUUCGUUGGGCUCAGAGUUUCGGGAUUUGUGUGGUUUGUUCACCUAAGAAUUUCGGAUUUUGUAGUAAUCUCUAGAUCACCUAGAAAUUUCGUAGCUUUCGUAGUAAUCUCUAGAUUCUGAUUUCGGCAUCUAGAAAUUUCGUAGCUUUCGUAAACUAAGAAUAGAGCAAAAUUUUUAAACCUGGCAGUCUCAUUAGCGAAAAUUUCACACAAUUGAUUUAAAACCCAACGACCCUUUUCUGAGGGUACCAGGGUUUCUAUACAUUCUACGUCGCCCUAGAAAAUUCGGAGACAUUCUCACACUAGAUAAAGUUUUCGGAGAAAACCUGAAAGGACUCCUAAAAAUUGCGGUCAAGGGAAAAGCUCGUCAGGUAAUCUUACGUUUUCGGAAAGCUUUCACUGUAGGCUGUUAUUUUCGGGAAAGGCGAAAAACAGCCCUAAAAAAUUCGAGAGGUUCAAACCACUCCUAGGACGACCGAACAGAUUCAAUUUUUUUUAGCGAUGCGAAUUAUUCAUUUAUAUUGCUUUUAAAGCACUCCAGGAUGCAUAACGAGCCAUUUCAGAUCAUUUCCCAGAAAACGGUCGUUGGGUGCCCCUGACACUACCUGAUGUCAUCAAACAACAUGACAACCCGGAGACCUUUAAAGGGGGACUUUAAAAGGAAAAUUAAAUCGAUUAAAAAAUCUAAUUGGGAACAUUAUGUUUGGUAAAGAGUUCUCUCUAAUGUAUAACAUCAUGUAUAAAGACCCAAAGUUUAGGUAUUUUUAAAUUUUCAGUUCUACAAUGUAAAAUGUAGAUAAUAUUUUUACGUUAGGUAUUUUUAAUCUAUUUUGUUGUAGAUACAUUUGUUUCGAACUAGCGAGUUCAUGCCCCCACAGAAACAAAUAUGUACUCCCGGGGGGGUACUCCCAUAUAUGUAGGUACGUGCCGCAGAAUAGGGUAUGGUUUUUGAGGUUCUCGGUCCUUAAAUAGGGUAUCUUUUUUGACCCUUUUGUUUCUGGGUCCCUGGUGUGGUCCUUAGAUAGGGUAGCUUAAUUGUAUUAUCUAAUACUGCAGUGUGAAAACGCCCGCCUAAAGGAACAUUUUUUUUAAAAACUAGGCUUAUUCUAGUAUUUUAUGCUUGAUGCUAUACAUCCAAUGUUACAGAGAAGAAGUAAAGUUUUCUUUUUCAUGCUAUUAAUAAUUUUGUUUUUUCGUUGAAUAGGGUGUCAUUUUUCGGCUUUCGGCUUUAAAAAGAGUAUCAGUUUUCGCUUUCUUAGUCCUUAAAUAAGGUUAGGGUUCACGAACCUUCGCGGCACACCCCUAUCCAAAAUUCACGAGAGUACCCCCCCCCCCGGGUAUGUACUUCAGAACUCUGGAGUAACGUAACUAAGACAUAAUCCAUCUAUUGCCUAGAUACAAUCUCUUAACGCAUCUCUAUAACAACCACCAAAAUUUUACUGCCAGCUUUUAAUUUUAACGGUCAAUCGUUGAAGUUCCCUACGAAAUAGCACUGUCGCAAUAAACGAUCGAUGAUUACUCCUGAAGCCUGAACUCCUGUGAAGUUAGUAAUACAUUUGUUUCUACUGUAUUCGUUUCUUAUCAAGAGAGGAUAAAGGGGACAGAGAAGGCAUCCUCCAUACCCACCCUAUUCCAUAGGUAAUUCGUCUCGAGUUAUUUUUAGAAUCGGGAUAAAGUUACCUCGCGCGCUGCGUGGAUGUUUUGUGGAGGUUUCGCAUGACUAAACGCCGUGCAAAACAUGUCGGGCGAAAGGCAAUGAAAGCGUAAAGAGAUCGAGAGCAUUUCUGAAUAUUGAAGCCAAAUGAGUCGGCGCUCACCUGGGAAAAGGGAAUCGCUGGACUUUUUGAGAACCCGUGAAACCAGUUUAACUCGAAGUUGUCGUAACUUCAGUGCUUUGAUACGUAGCCUGCGUGGCAGGCGCAAAAAGGGGAGGGGGAGGGGGGAGGGAGAAAGGGAAAAGGGAAGGGAGCGCCUGCUCUAAGAGCCUAUGUUUUUGCAUAACGCCUACCAAUUUUCUAGUAAUCCGAUUACGCUUACUGUCAAUCAAGUGUCGCUACACUCGCCAUUGCAGAAAAACAUCACACUCACGCACUAGAAAUUCGCUUAGUUAUUCAGAGCUAGAAGGCACUUUGGAGAAAAUUGGAACCCUUAUUCAGCCGUAAUAAAAAAAGCUUUACGCUUCAAAAGAGGUCAAAGAAAUUGCGCUUGCAUCAGAGGGCAAAUCCUGCCGACCAGAAAACAAUAACUACAGUCAAUCGAUAUGUAUGUCAUGACCUCUCAGUGUGAGACAUGCGGCUAAAAUAACAUUUGCUCAGUAUAAAUGCAGAACCUUCCGGAGCAUCUACCCAGCAGAUAAAAACAAUUUUAUUGGAAUAAGUAGCAUUUUGGCAUGAGGUAAAACCACCCUCUUUUAUUGCUAAGUUACAUCGGCGAAUGUCAUCGUUCGAUAAAUUGGCUAAAUCUUUCGCUGGGUAGCCCAACAAUUCCAUCUCCUGCAACUGGUCUUCGAUAAUACUUUUCUGUGGCGAAAUGACGAGAAUCGCCGCAUUACCAUUUAGCUCGUAGUUCUUCUCGCGUACAAACCUUUGGUAAAUUAAACUCUUGCCGUAUCCGGUCCGCAAAACCGCCAGAACAUCUCUGUCGGCUAAAAGAGCCCUUACUGCUGAUUCUUGCUCUGGUUUUAAAACAGUUUCUCUACCACUAGAUAAAUUCUCAUCUCUCAAAGCACUCUCUACGACAUCCACGUCUACCGCUGCCAUCUCGACUGUUUGUUGAUUUGUGAAACGCGCAUUUCAAUAUGUUACUCAUUACGGCUCAGCCAAUCAGGAAUUUGCGGACGCCAGCGUCCGCAGACAUGAACAAAAGGGGGUUCUUAGAGCAGGCGUCCCCUCCCCCUCUCCCCAAUCCCCCUCCCCUUUUUCCCUUCCUCCCUAUCCCCUACCCCCUACCCCUUUCGACGCCUGCUACGCAGGCUAUUUGAUAAGUAUGUGUAAUCAAAUGGUGACGAGUGAAAUUAGGGAAUAAUUUCACGCGCGUUUUGUCCAAAUCCUGAUAAUUUCCCGAGCCUAUAGGCGAGGGAAAUUAUUAUUAUUUGGACAAAACGCAGGUGAAAUUAUUCCCGAAUUUCACGAGUAUACCAUUUGGUUACCUAUUAAUAUCAUGGGUGACGAAUUACGUUAGCAAUCUUGGAUUUUUGACAUGUUUAUCCUGGUUAGUAUCGAUCGAGAACUCCACUCUCUAAAAUGUUUAGACUUUAAAUUUGGCUUAUAAAUUCAGACUUUUUCAGACUUUUUCGGCAAAAUACCUGUUAGAAUCCUUCUUGAUGUUCUCUUGUGUGUUCAGGUUUUCUAAAGCGUCUUUUUGUGCCCUGACAGCUUCAUUCACGGCAUUUUAAAACUUCGUCGCCAUUUUGACACUGAGACGUACAGAAGGGUUGUCAUGGCAAUUUUGUACUAGUUUCACAUGUGAAAUUACAAAUUAACGCUGAAAUUUCGCGCCAAAAUUAAGGAGUAAUUCGUCACCUAUGAUAUUAAAUGAGAAAUUUCGCCGGUCUGUUGAAACCGGUCGUUUGUACAAUAAAGCAAGUAGGACGCCAAGUGUUUAAUUUUGUUGAAUAAUAAAAGACUAAUAAAAGAAUAAAUAUCAAACCAGAAAUUGCUCUCUUCAAACUGUAAAUUAUAAAUGAUCCUGAGAGGGGGAUGCCUUCUUUGUCCCCUUUAUCCUCUCUUGUUUCUUAUUUAUUUGUUGUAUUAUGAAUUGUCUUAGUUCUUAGUUAGCAGGUCCACAGCAGCUUUAUAGUUGCCUACUUUAUUAACCUGCUUUAUCAAAUAAAUGUAUGUAUGUAUGUGUGUAUAUGGAAACUCGCAAAGUUGUAGUAAUAAAAUGAUGCACUACCUCUGAAGUCUUGGACCAGUUUAUCAUAAUUAUGUAUGUACCAGACAUCGCUCAUUAUUUAGUGAUAGUGUGAAACGUUACCUUAGAUUUUGUUUGAACAACAGAGGUAUUUUUCAUUUCCUUCUAGCGCGUAGCUUUUGUGCAGUGCAUGGAGUCAGUUUUAAGAGGUCAUGAAGCUGUUCUGCUCGCACUUCUUGCGCGCCCGAGAUCCCCCUUCCCUUCCCUAUUGAACGUUGCCACCGGCAGGCCGGGGUAUUUUGCAGAACGCCGAAUGACUCUAAAGUUUAGCGUUGGGGAAUCAAUUCUAAUUCACUCAGUUUCCUGACCCUAACCAUUAGACUCUGUCGUUCGGCGUUCUGCAAUAGAGUACUAAAGUGUGACGUCAUAAAAAUUAAAUUUCUGAAAUUAGAGGUCUAGAACAGUGCGGGUCUACAUGUACUGAACGACGGCGGCAGCGAAAACAUCACCAAAAAAGUGAAUUUGCGCCCUUUGAAACUUUAUCGCGUCCAUUUGGAACCGCUCAAUUCGUCAAAUGUAGGCGACUUUUUAUUGAUAACAAUAAUAAUAAUGGAUUAUUAACAGUGUAUCGACCUGGUGGCUCUUCACUUGUUAAAAACUACAAUAUGGAGUUGAAUUCUUAAGAGCUCUAUCCACGUUCAAAUAGAGAAGGGAAAAUUUGUCAUAGUAUGUCAUUUGAGCAUCGGCGAGCUCAUAUUUACAAACCCAUAAAACCGCCAUAAAUUGGCCCGUGGACUACACAGGAGAGACGUAACACACAUUUUAAGUAAGGUAAGCUGUGUUUCAUUGAAAUCCUUUCGUUUUCGUAGGUUACCGUAACGAUAGGUUUUUUUUCCAUACAAAUCCUUAUAUUUCGAACGUUACGCAAUAAUUCCGAUGCACGCCGACUUAGGCUACAAGUAGUCUCCAUUGUAGAGCGAGAAAAGCGCAUGGGGUGAUUUUCACGCGCGCUCGCGUUUCGCUAGCUCUACUAUCCCGGAAUCUAUCCCGGCGGAAAAAUGGGGACUACUCGUUGGAAUGAUAGUUUCAGGCAUGUCCGGGGGGGUACUCCCAUACUUUACCUAUACGGGUAUGUGCCGCCCAACGGGGUCGUGAUUUUGAAGCUCCUGAUUUAGAACGGGGUAUCCAUUUCAGAGGCGUUUUCUAGAACGGGGUAUAAACAAUUGUGGAUCACGGCUUUAUCUUCUUCUUAAAAUUGUUGCUGAUAAUGAAGAAGCAUUUAUUUGAUGUAUAAGUCGAGCAUAUAAAGAAAUGUCUUCUUAAAAAAACAGGAUAAUUACAAUUUACAAACCUUCUAGAACGGGGUACAAAAAAUUGGCCCAUUUCUAGAACGGGGUAUCAAUUUUAGGGAUUUUUUUUUUAGAACGGGGUGCCAAUUUGGAGUCCCGGGCGGCACAUACCCACCCAAAAAAUACCCAAGUGCCCCCCCCCGGGCAGGCAUGCCAUGCUUCCCUAGUUGUAAUAAAGUGCCUUAUCGUGAUAAAUUUGAAAAUGCACUAAGAUAUUAGCAUUAUACACUAAAAAUUUGACUGUGGAUUGCAAUUAAAAAACAACAAGAAUCACUUCGUGAAUUUUACCGGGGCCACUUUUGUCUUGGCAACCCACGAGGAAGGGUCGUUUUCAUCAACAAGUUCGUCGGGCGACAUGAAAAUCUUUUUUAUAGAAAAUGUUAGGGAAUCCCCCAUUUUGAACAGUUGAGAGUUUUCGCAUGUCGCUAACGUAAAUAUUGCGUGACAAAGGUUAUGUGAAACAGUCUUUUUUAGUUUUUCAUUAGUUAAAGCAGUGAUAGACUUUCUUUUAAUGAGUCUUAAUUAUUUCUCGGCCAAUAUUUGACGAAGUUUCCUGCAGCGAGUGCGAAUUGUAAGGUAUUGAAACGCACAAACAAAGUUUCGCGCAUGCAAGUUUAAUAAGUUAAGAUUUUUGUUUUGUCGUAGUGUACACAGUUCAACAGCGACUAAGCUUUGUCAUCGUUAGGAUGAAUACUGUAACAAUAUUUUUCAAUAUACGCAGGGAUCUCAUUUAUUGAUAAGUAGCAAAUAUAGUCGCAUUAACCAUUCCGUUCCAAAACCAAUCGAAUUAAUAUUUGGCCCUAAGCCUAUAUAAUGAAUAAUUAAUUUUCUUUGAAUUAUUUCAAUAUACUUCUAAAUCACAAAGGUAAACAAUUAUGUCCAGUAAAGGUGAGGGCAUAAAAAAGCCCUAGCAAUGGUUUAAUGCAAAUAAGGAAAGAGGAAAGGGCAAGGGCAGGAGGAGGGAAAAAGUAAUUUGUUCGCAUGGCGAUUAGAACGAAUGACUGCGUUGCAGCAAAGGUCACAUGUAAUUAAAACUCCAGAACAAUAGAUUAGGGUUCAAUACAUUAACAUGAGUCAACUCCCAAUCCUAGGCUGUCAAGUUACGCAGUUUUUCUCACGUGUUUAGAUCGAUUACACAAUAAUAAGAUAUUUCUUAGCAACAAGAAUCCAAAGUAGCUAAGAAUACCAAGAAGAAAAACAUAAAAAUUCUACAUCAACGUCUAAUGAAUAAUGUGAAAAGCCAAAAUGUUAGCGUAUCCCGCAUUUUGAACAGUUGAGAAUUUGCGCAUCUCGCUAACGUAAAUAUUGCGUGACAAAGGUUAUUUGAAAAUAUUUUGUUUUGUUGCUUCAUAAGUCAAAGCAGUGAUAGACUUCCUCCUAAUGAGUUUUAAUUGUUUGUCGGAAAAUAUUUGACGAAGUUUCGAGAAGGGAGUGCGAAUUGUAAGGUAUUGAAACGCAUAAACAAAGCUUGGCGCAUGCAAUGAUAAGUUAAGAUUUUUGCUUUGUCGUAGUGUACACAGUUCUACUUUGACCAAGCUUUGUCAUCGCUAGGAUGAAUACUGUAACAAUAUUUUGCAAUAGACAGGGAUCUCAUUUAUUGAUAAGUGGUAAAUAUAGUCGCAUUAAACCAUUCCGUGUGCAAACUAAUCGAAUUAAUAUUUACAUGGUUACAGUUGUUGCUCCCUAAUAAUCAAAUUUCUGAACCAGCGAUAUAUCUCAGCGAACACUCCCAAAAGUAACGAGCCAGCGUUAUAUCUCAGUCAGCGAUAUAUCCCUAACAAUGUAACUUUGAAAACACAGAAACGCGUUGCAUUUUAUGACCGGUGCCAGCCUUCGGCUAGGCCCCGGUAAUAAAGGCAUUAGGUAUGUUUAUAACGUUAUCAGAAAAGUCUAGUCUCAAUAGUUUUCGGGCCUCGCUUCUUUCGGGGGUUCGCUAUUUCGGGAUUUAUUAGAAGACAAACUUUAAUCAGUUGACGUUACUUUCGGGGCGUCGCUACUAUGGGAACUUUACGGUAUUGCUUUUUUGACGUUUACACUGCCGUCGCGGUCGUCGGAUCGUAAUGUAUCGGUCAAAUCGAAGCUUCAACAUACCCCCCCGGGCAACCCCCCGGGCAUUUGACUUUUUUGAAAAUUAUUGUUCAAAUUCCCCCCUACCCGGGCCAAAAUGCCGUUCAAAUGCCCCACGCUAGGGUCCAUUCAGGUGAUCAAAUGCCCCCACCCCGGGGACAUUUCACGGGCACAAAAAUGACAGAAGGACGGCGGAAACGCCUUCAGUUGUCGAACAAAAUCUUUAUAAAUAUAACAAAAACUGAGCAACACUGCUAGCGUAUUUACUACGAACAAAAGUCUCGUGCAAAGCGGCGGAAAUCGCUGCUACAAGGUCACUGAAUGCUCAGCUUUUCUUUGUCAUGCAACAUACAAAGCGUUUUAUAAAAAAUGAUCCCACCUACUGAGAUUACUACAUCAUGACCAUUUCACUGACAUGCAUCAUUGCUCACCUUAUUAAUUAACAUACUUGCAGUAGGUCAAAGUAGUUGACCGUUUUAUUUUAUUUUAUUUUAUUUUUAUGUUGUUGUACUGAAUCGCCUGUAUAGGUAUUGUACUUCAUUGUAAACACAACAAUAAAAUACAUUCAUACAUUUAAAGCCUGAAUCCAAUAUUAAAAAUUUUAAAAUUUAAAUACUUCAAAUACAGCACUAAGCUUGUUCAAGCCCUUUCCUCGUAACCAAUUGGCCACAAAGGCACAAUCUUUUCCACGAAAAUCCUCUAACACCGCGUCCCCCAUGAUAGCUCGCCACGCCAAAGAUUUUACAUGAAAUCGAGGGUGGAGUUCAAAUUCCCCACCCCUAAAGCAUGGGGAUCAAAUUCCCCACCCCCUGGAAGACUUUGAUGAUCAAAUUCCCUCCUCCCCGGGACGGCAAAGGUGUCAAAUGCCCGGGGUAUGCCCGGGGGGGGGCAUGUUGAAGCUUCGAUUUGACCGAUACAUAAGGUCCCUAUUUUUUGCGCGGCCUUUGAGUCUCGUUCCCCGUUCAGGUUUGCUUCGUAACCGCACGGAAACAGCGGAAACGUUUGGUACAAUGGAGGUCAUAGACGAGAGACGAAACCACGGAAUUAUCCCACAGGGUCCCCGACAGUAUAUUUUUAUUGCACUCUCACCAGUCCUCUAACGGUGUAAAAUCAAGAUGGCGGCCAUUGUAAGCAGUCCGCGUGUAAGCAGUAAACCUCUCUUGUUGAUUUCAUCUUCUCUUACCCGUGUUGGUUAAUGCAACAAGGCAAUAUCUUGUCAUGUAAGGUAGGAAAGCUUUAAAUAUGUUAUUGCUACGUCCAGUUUUUAAAAUUCAGUUGUACCGGUUAGCUAGCCUUCUGAGGAAAAAUGUCGGUCGUUUCGCCUACAAGUCUUCUCGCACACACUGAAGUCGAUACGCCAUGGUCUAUUAAGCUGCUUUUAAGACUUUUUUGAUACAUUUUGUACUCGGCGCUUAACAAAAACUACAAAAUGCGGCCCAGUUUGAGAUGGAUUUUGUUAAGUGCUCAGCCGAUUUUACUUUCGGAUCCACGAUCAAUCCCAAACCCGUACGUUCGAAAUUUCUCACGAAAGUCCUAGGAUUUUUCGAGAAUUCCCGAGAAUCAUUGACGGUAAUUCCUGGAAAAUUCUUUCGCGUUAAUUUGGGCCAACAUUCCUGAGAAUUCUCAAGACCAAUAUCUCAGCGCAAUAAUUUUGUGUUUGUGUCAAAUCGACUCCAAAGUCGGUUAACCGGAUGACAUGAAAUGACCUGUCCCCUCGCUGCAAAAAUGGGCCCCAUUGAAGGGAGAAUGGAACGCGCAAAGGUAAGGUAUUUCUUGAUUGAAGUAGCGAGCCUCAGAAUCUGUCAGCCUUUUUUUUGCUUUGUAUUUAGUCCACCAAAUGGGGUCAUGGUCCUAGGCAUUCUAUACCUGCCAACUUUUUCUGAGAUGUAGGCGUGAGAUUUUUAUCCUGGGAGUGCUGGGAUUUUUGAAAACGACACGAUCAUUUCCGAAGAUUCCCGAAGAAGUCCGAAGUCUUCCGAAGACGUCCGAAGUCUGCCGAAGGCGAAGUUAUCGAGAAAACGCUUAUCCACAAAAUCAGAGAUCGCGAGGAAGGUAUUGUCAUUUAUUCAUUUUACACAUGGUUUUCUUUCCUUAAAUGGGUCUGAGUUAACAUAUUUUUGGAAAUUGUGUCAAGCAAGACGGCAACAACUCACAUUUUUCAAUCAGGCGUGAGAAAUCGGUCCGCAGGCGUGAGCGGGCGUGAGAUCGAAGUUUUCAACCCGCAGGCGUGAGACUCACGCCUAAGGCGUGAGAGUUGGCAGGUAUAGCAUUCCCAGUGGAGACCAUGGAACUGGGGAUAGGAUCGCGAGUUUACCUACGACAUGUCAAGGCCAUGCACUUAGGCUAAGAUACAAAUAUCACGAAAAAUCACCUGAAUUUGUUUCUGGAAAUUCCGGAUUUUUUUUUUAAUAUCUCAAAAUUUGUUUCUUGAAAAAGUUCUCAAUAUCUCAAAAAUAUCUGGCUUCAUUAAAUAAAUAUUACAGUAAAAACACACAAAAAAGCCUAUCAUCUAUAAUGGCAACACAAAUUUCAGGAAAUUAUAUUCUUGUACAGCCUACAACAAAACUCUAAACAAUUCCACAUAAAGUCAGCCUUAUUUACAGUGCCCUUCAACCUCCAAGAAGACUAGGGCACUGCACUUUAAUACAGGCAGAGUUCGUGAAAGACCAUUGGGUGCUGGAGGUCUAAAGUGGUCUAAAAGGGACACUACUGUUUGGUUUGUGCAUGGCUCAGGGGGUACGUCAUCAGCCAUAUUGUUGAGCAUUAGCCACAUUACAUAAUAUUAUAAAUGGAAAAUAUUGUUGAAUCUGAUUACAACAGGCCCAUAUGUGGAGAAUUGUUUGAAUUUCUGUCACUGAAAUGCCAAUGCCACAAUUAGCAUUGAAGUACAUUGUAGCUUCCUAGAAAAAAUAUGAUUUGAGUACUUUUUCUGUAACAAAAUUCUAAAUAUCACAAUUUUUUCCUAAAUAUCACGAGAUUUUCUAAAUAUCUCAAAAUCCUCUAAAUAUCUUAAAAAUAUCUGGAUAUUUGUAUCUAGGCCUACCAUGCAUGUUUUGUGAAGAAAGCGUUGAAAAGAUUUUAAAAUGCAAAAGAUGUCCAGCUUUUCCAGAACAGGUCUGUCCACAAUUGAAAAUAGUCUUGUGGUGAGCAUGAAGUUUAUGUUCGGCGAUGAUUGAAAUGAUGCACCAUGUUUAUCACAUUUUGACUCUUUGGCAAUGAUGUAACUUCUCUUAAAUGGAGUCCCUUGAUUUUUGUGUAUUUAUAUAUGCGUACUCAAUUAAUUCAGAAACAAAUGAUUAAACAUGAUAUAAAAAGUAAAUAAAUACCCUGCAGAAUACUCAAUCAUCAAUAAAGUAGGACAUGAAAAUUUAUAGUAAGGAAAUCCUGUUUCAUGUAGAAAGCCAUGAUGUUUCAAAGGUGAAAAAUUUGAAAGCAGGUGAAUUGAGGCAUCAUGUUUUUCCGAAUAUUUGAAGUAAUUCUUGGAAUUGUAUGCAUUGAAUUCAUAGAUUUUUGCAGUUGUGAAGAGUUUUAGGGGGAAAAUCUGAAAUAGUAUUACACUUUAUACGGGGUCUUGAAGGAGGUGUCUGGAUCUCGUACCACGGGUUAAAUUUCCGUACAUUUAUGAAUCAUGUGACCUUUCUGCAGUCAUUUCAUGAAUGAUGUGAUGAGGUGAUGAAUGAACUGAUCAAGCCCAUGAAUGAUUCUUAGAGGUUGCUGGACUACUAUAGGCAAGAGUUAGUCUUAACAACCCCAUGAUGGGAAGGAAACAAAAAGUCUGUUGAUCAAACUGGUGAUUUGCCACAUGUUUUUUGAUGACUACAAAGUUGACUGGCAAAGAAUAGUUUAUGUGGCUAAAUAUCAUUUAGGCAAAGUUAAACUCGAGCGAGCUGGCUAGCGGUCUUCUCCCACUUCAGUAUGUGACCUAUGGGGUGGCCCGCAGGGAAUUGCAGGGCUCCUUGUGUCCCCUUUUGCUAGUGUUGCUUUGCAUUGUGGCUUUGCUUACUGAUCGUAGCGGAUCAAUUUUUGCCUACUUGCGAAUCAUUGCGGAUUCUUGCUGAUCGUAGCGGAUCAAUGUUUGCCUACUUGCGAAUCAUUGCGGAUUCUUGCCGUCUUGGCCAUUGCUUACUGAUCGUAGCGGAUAAAUGGCUAUAAAAUUGAAGCUCUACAAUUCUUCACUUUUACAUUGUUUAAGUUCUAACCCUCGUUAUGACACUUACAUCUGUUUUUUAGUGGGAGAAAUCUUGAUUCACGCACUGAAAUGUUAGUGGAUCAUGCGUCACAGUAAAUAUAUUUCUCACAAGUCACAUCUCUAUAUUUCAUGAGUUUCCCGAUUCACCCUCUGUUUACCAGUCAAUUCACGGACCAUGUGAAACCCGUUCCAAAACCAUUUUUUAUAUACGUGAGAUAUCAAUUAAUUUUUUUCAACUUCUUGUCAUGUAUGUAUUGCAGAUGUGUUCAGCUUUGUACUUGACCAUCAUGCCUUCUACUUGCAGCACUUUAUUUCCAAUGGAAACUACUUGUAUACAAAUUGAAUUAAUGUAAUUCUUUUCAUGUUAGUUUGAGAAAUGUUUUUUUCAUAGUACUGUGUGUGCUGGUACUUUUCUUUCCUCCUUACCCAAACUACUUCCAUGCCCACACACAGGCUACUUAAGAAUUUAUUGCCUCCUGAUUUCUUAUCUAAUCUCCAAGCAAGGUUGAUUGAAUGCUGUAAGGGCAUCUUGUUACGUUUAUAGUGUUACGCAAAUUGCUUUUAAGGAUUAAAUUUUGGGUCUUUGAAUAAAAUAUUUCAAGAAAUAACAUCCCUGUUUGUUGUGUUUUACUGAUUGUUCUAGAUUUAGAAUAAGAGAAUUAAGCCUAUUUGCUCUCAGACUAAGUUAUUGCACACAGGGUCAAUGAAUUAACAUUGUUUGGAAGAACAACUUCGAGAAGUUUUGCAGUCAUCAAUAGGUUAAUAUUAUAAAGUUUGAAAUCAUUGCUAGCGUCAUUGAUAAGCCUUACUCCUACAUUUGUAUUUAUGCAUGAACUUCACUGUCACCAAAACACCUUAAUAGAUCACGUAGGCGAAUUGACCUCAGUGUAGGCAAAUUGACUUGUGGGCAAAAUAACUCGCACACAAACAACCUGAUGAAGUGAAACCUGGCAGGGGUAUUUUGCAGUGCACCAAUUGCAUAAUGCUGAAUAACUCUGAGUUAAGUGAUUUGGCUUCUGCUCUAUUUCUGGUGAAAAAAUGUGGAUGCUGCAAGCCUCACCAAGAAAUUUUCACGGAACACUACCUGUGCAUAUACUGGAGAGAUUAUGCAAUAGGUUUCUUUUCUAUUUGUUGUAUUCUCUAUGGCAUGGGAUAAAUGAUGGUACAAGCUAUUCUAAGUAUUCAGAUAAUAGGGCACAGUGCAAAGUACAGAAAACUAGAAGUAAUAGAGGGAGACUGGGGAGGGUGGUAGGGAGCCUACUAUCUGAUUGCCUGGAUCAGUUUGCAUUUGGUAUGUGAUAUCACAUGCCCCUUGAAAAUAUUGGUUUGUGUAUUUUUAAGUGGCAUACUUAUUGUAGCUGUGAUAUUAUCCACUGACUUAAAAUUUGGUACAUAUAUUUGAUUAGUCAUUGAUUACUCAUUGUUCAUGAAGUGCAUGAGGAAAUUCAUCAUAUUGGGUACUCAUUGAUCAUCAUCACUAAUCAAUGACUAAUCAAAUUAAGUACCCAUCAAUCACCUAUUGAUUACUUGCCAGCUGUUGUCAUUUAUGUUUUUGAUGUGUCAUUUAUUAAUAUUAUGUCUGGUUUAUAGGCAGGCAAUAUUGCUGUCUUGACCUAAGGUAGAUUUACGCCAUUAAGCACUUUUAAUUGUUAGGUCCAAGUGCAAAAUCAAUGAAUGAUCAGUGUUCCUUCGUUGAUGCUUGGUCUGUUUGUAGAAGGGUGUUAAAGAGUUGGGAUAUUUUCAGCUGAAGUGACAUCUAGUAACUUUAUUUCCUCUAAUGAGUUUUUCCUACCUGUCAAAGAGCUUGCUUGAUCUUGCAUUAGCUGCUCAAACUAAUUUUAUUGGUGGCUACAAAGUAAGGUACCUACAGUAUUUGUGUCUUUAACUAAUAUUGAUUCAUGUUUGUGUCAAUAGGAACUAUAUCCAAAAGACGAUACCAGCACUUGAUCAAUGUCCUUUAAUUGUAAAAGUGUUCACACUGCGGAAAAGCGUUAUAAAUGUAAACAGUGUGGCAAGUCUUUUCGCCGAUCAGAAGACCUAAGGAGACAUGAAAGAGUUCACACUGGGGAAAAGCCUUUCGAAUGUAAACAGUGUGGUAAGUGUUUUAGUGAAGCAGGAAACUUAAGGAUUCAUGAAAGAGUUCACACUGGGGAAAAGCCUUAUGAAUGUAAACAGUGUGGCAAGUGUUUUAGUGUAGCAGGAAACUUAAGGAUUCAUGAACGAGUUCACACUGGGGAAAAGCCUUAUGAAUGUAAACAGUGUGGCAAGUGUUUUAGCAUGGUAAGAACCCUAAGGAGUCAUGAAAGAGUUCACACUGGGGAAAAGCCUUUUGAGUGUAAACAGUGUGGUAAGUGUUUUAGUGUAGCAGAAAACUUAAGGAUUCAUGAAAGAGUUCACACUGGGGAAAAGCCUUAUGAAUGUAAACAGUGUGGCAAGUGUUUUAGUGUAGCAGGAAACUUAAGGAUUCAUGAAAGAGUUCACACUGGGGAAAAGCCUUGUGAAUGUAAACAGUGUGGCAAGUGUUUUAGUGUAGCAGGAAACUUAAGGAUUCAUGAAAGAGUUCACACUGGGGAAAAGCCUUAUGAAUGUAAACAGUGUGGCAAGUGUUUUAGGCGAUCAGAAGACCUGAGGAGACAUGAAAGAGUUCACACUGGGCAAAAGCCUUAUGAAUGUAAACAGUGUGGCAAGUGUUUGAGCCGAGCAGGAAACCUAAAGAGUCAUGAAAGAGUUCACACUGGGGAAAAGCCUUUUGAAUGUAAACAGUGUGGUAAGUGUUUUAGUGAAGCAGGAAACUUAAGGAGACAUGAAAGAGUUCACACUGGGCAAAAGCCUUAUGAAUGUAAACAGUGUGGCAAGUGUUUUAGCCGAGCAGGAAUCCUAAAGAGUCAUGUAACAGUUCACACUGGGGAAAAGCCUUAUGAAUGUAAACAGUGUGGCAAGUGUUUUAAUCAGGCAGGAAACUUAAGGAUGCAUGAAAGAGUUCACACUGGGGAAAAGCCUUAUGAAUGUAAACAGUGUGGCAAGUGUUUUAGCCGAGCAGGAAACCUAAACAGUCAUGUAAGAGUUCACACUGGGGAAAAGCCUUAUGAAUGUAAACAGUGUGGCAAGUGUUUUAGACAUUUGAAUGCCAUAAGGACUCAUGAAAGGGUUCACACUAAGGGGAAAAAACAUGAAUGUAAACAGUGUGGCAAGUGUUUUACCAAAUGUGGAACGCUAAAAAAACAUGGAAAAUGUCAUACUCCAAAAAGGUCAGGUAAAUAUUCCAAAAGAAAGGAA